CUCCGGUUGAGGUUCCUAACGUCUCCCGCGGAGUCGCCGACGCUUUGCUCCGGGGUGUCCGGCGGCUGCUGAGGCCUGGGAGCUCGACCAGCGCCUGCCCGCCCGUGCGGCCCUCGCGUCCCCGCGGCUAUCCAGUGAGUGUGAAUGAAGGAUACGCUGUACCAUCACAAGAACCCAAAUGUCCUGUCUCCUGAAAGUCACUGCAAGGCUGCUGAGGUUCUUAGCCUGCAGCUAAGGCUAACAAUUGAAAACUCUUCCUUGGAAAAUAACAAGCCAAUAAUCUGUGGAGACACAUUCAAGAUCAUAAGAUUUAGAUGACCAAAAUGGACAUUCGAGGUGCGGUGGAUGCUGCUGUCCCAACUAACAUCAUUGCGGCCAAGGCUGCCGAAGUUCGUGCCAACAAAGUGAACUGGCAGUCUUAUCUUCAGGGGCAGAUGAUUUCUGCUGAAGAUUGUGAAUUUAUUCAAAGGUUUGAAAUGAAAAGAAGUUCUGAGGAGAAGCAAGAGAUGCUUCAGACUGAAGGCAGCCAGUGUGCUAAAACAUUUAUAAAUUUGAUGACACACAUCUCCAAAGAGCAGACUGUGCAGUAUAUACUAACCAUGGUUGAUGAUAUGCUGCAGGAAAAUCACCAGCGUGUCAGCAUUUUCUUUGACUAUGCAAAACGAAGCAAGAGUACUGCCUGGCCAUACUUUCUGCCAAUGUUGAAUCGCCAAGAUCCCUUUACUGUUCAUAUGGCAGCAAGAAUUAUUGCCAAGUUAGCAGCGUGGGGGAAAGAAUUGAUGGAAGGCAGUGACUUAAAUUACUAUUUCAAUUGGAUAAAAACUCAGCUGAGUUCACAGAAACUUCGUGGUAGCGGUGUUGCUGUUGAAACAGGAACAAUCUCUUCAAGUGAUAGUUCUCAGUAUGUUCAGUGUGUUGCUGGCUGUCUGCAGCUGAUGCUCAGGGUCAAUGAGUAUCGUUUCGCCUGGGUGGAAGCAGAUGGGGUGAACUGUAUAAUGGGUGUUUUGAGUAACAAGUGUGGUUUUCAACUACAAUAUCAAAUGAUUUUUUCAAUAUGGCUCCUGGCAUUUAGUCCUCAAAUGUGUGAACACCUUCGCCGCUAUAAUAUCAUUCCAGUUCUGUCAGACAUCCUUCAAGAAUCUGUCAAAGAAAAAGUGACAAGAAUCAUUCUUGCAGCAUUCCGUAAUUUCUUAGAAAAAUCAACUGAAAGAGAAACUCGCCAAGAAUAUGCUCUGGCUAUGAUUCAAUGCAAAGUCCUGAAACAGUUGGAGAAUUUGGAGCAGCAGAAGUAUGAUGAUGAAGAUAUCAGUGAAGACAUCAAAUUUCUUUUGGAAAAACUUGGUGAGAGUGUCCAGGACCUUAGCUCAUUUGAUGAAUACAGUUCAGAGCUUAAAUCUGGAAGGUUGGAAUGGAGUCCCGUGCACAAGUCUGAGAAAUUUUGGAGGGAGAAUGCUGUGAGAUUAAAUGAGAAGAACUACGAACUCUUGAAAAUCUUGACAAAACUUCUGGAGGUAUCAGAUGAUCCACAAGUCUUAGCUGUUGCUGCUCAUGAUGUUGGAGAAUAUGUCCGGCAUUAUCCCCGGGGCAAACGGGUUAUUGAGCAGCUUGGUGGGAAGCAGCUGGUGAUGAACCAUAUGCACCAUGAAGACCAGCAGGUCCGCUACAAUGCUCUCCUGGCUGUGCAGAAGCUCAUGGUUCACAACUGGGAAUAUCUUGGUAAACAGCUCCAGUCGGAGCAGCCUCAGACUGCUGCCGCCCGUAGCUGAGCGCACACCUUCAGCUUCUCUGCACAUCCAGUGGACCACUGGAGUGAGAACCUCAGUCCUUAGUGUCAAAAAUGAAUAAUUUUUAAUGCUGUUUCUGUUGUAUAGCUUUUCCCAGUGGUAACUCCUAGAGGAAUAAAAGUGUUUGCUUGUUAAGUUGUAUAAAAGUAGGUGCUGUCUGCAUCUAGGGAAAUAGUACUGUUACUUAUAUUGCUUAUUUCUGUAUUUAUUGUUCUCUGGAAUGAAUAUAAUUAAAGGUUUCUCGCUCCAAA